AUGAAUUGGUUACUUGUGUUAUUGCCCUUAAUUGGGUUUUGUGGAGUGACGGGGAGACCAAAGAAAUACGUAGACAAGGUUUUGCUAGUCUCCAUGGAUGGAUUUCGAUGGGAUUACCUUGACAAAAUAGAUACACCCCAUUUUGAUUAUUUGGCGGAUCACGGAGUGAAAGUUCGUUAUGUGAACAAUACAUUCAUAACUGAAACAUUUCCAUGCCAUUACAGCAUAGCAACUGGUCUGUAUGAGGAAAGCCACGGUAUCAUAGCUAAUAAAAUGUACGAUCCCGUAUUUAAUGAGACGUUCGGAAUGGCCAAUCACGAUCCAAAAUGGUGGGAAGCUGGAGAACCAAUCUGGAUAACCGCGACAAAACAAAAUAUGAAAUCAGCAACAUAUUUUUGGCCAGGAAGUGAAGUCGCGAUUAAGGGUGUGAGGCCAGAAAUAUGGUACCCUUAUAAUGAGUCGGUUCCAUUUGAAGAGCGAAUAGACACGGUUAUGGAUUGGUUUGCUAAUCAAGGUGUUCAUUUAGCGACUCUUUACUUCCACGAACCCGAUCACACAGGUCACCUGUACGGUCCAGACUCUCAGCAAAUAAAGGAUAAAGUGGUGUAUAUGGAUAACAUUCUCGGUUAUUUGUUGGGAAAGUUGCGUGAAAAUCAGUUAUGGGAUUCUGUCAACGUCAUCAUUACAAGUGAUCAUGGUAUGACGUCAGUGGAUGUCGAUACCCAGAAUAUCUUACCGGAAGACGGACAGGUAGACACUGUUUACCAGUCCCUGAAAAACCAGUCGGACGCGAUGCACCUAACUGUUUAUAAGAAGGAGGAUAUACCAGAACACUACCACUAUAAAAACAACCGUCGUGUAAUGCCAGUUGUUGCUUUGGCUGAUGAGGGAUGGUUGGUCGUAGAUAAUAAGCAUAGGUAUGAUUAUCAUCCCGGUGGUGCCCAUGGUUACAACAAUCAAUUUAUGUCGAUGAAGCCAAUCUUUCUGGCUCAUGGACCCAACUUUAAAUCGAAUUACCGUCAAGAAUCUAUUAAGAAUGUUGAUAUAUACCCGUUAAUUUGUGAAUUACUAGGCGUGGUUGCUUCUCCUAACAAUGGUAGUCUUAGCAACACUGAAGAUAUGUUAAGAGAUAGCGAAUACAUAAUAGGUUAA